GCAUGGAGACCGCCCUGCCGAGCCCGCGCCAUUGCCGGAAGGGUUCCCGCCCUGCUCUGCGAGCGCCCUCAGUCUUCCAACAGAGUGGCCGCCAGAUAUGGCCUUGCAAAACUCUACACUUUCCAAAGAGGAGAACACAGAGGCAGAGAUUAUGGCUGCUGUGGUUUUUUCUGUUGGACCUCUGAAUCCUGAAAUUACCCAUCCACAUGAAAAUCUGCACCUUCAAGCAGAAGAAGCAGAAUUGGUGAAGGAAUCAGUGACAUUUAAGGAUGUGGCUAUAGACUUCACGUUGGAGGAAUGGAGGUUAAUGGACCCUACACAGAGGAAACUGCACAAGGAUGUGAUGCUGGAGAAUUACAGGAAUCUGGCCUCCCUAGGGCUUGCAGUUUCCAAACCAGAUAUGAUAUCUCAUUUGGAGAAUGGAAAAGGACCAUGGACAGUGGUGAGAAAAAUUUCAAGAACCCCCUACCCAGACUUGGAGACCAAACCUGCAACCAAGAAUGCUGUGCUAACAGAGGAUAUUUUUGAAGGUUUAUCACAGGAGAUUAUAGUAGAGAAACUCAGAGAAAAUGGUCUAUGGGACUCCACAAUGGGAGGAUUAUGGAAGUGGAGUGACAGGAUUUUUAGAUGGCAAAACAGUCAGGAGAGUCAUUUGAAUCAAAGACUGGUAACACACAGGAAAACUCCCACUGGUCAAAAAGGCUUCAGAUUUGGAUCUCCUCCUACAGAACCAGGAAUUAUUACAGAAGAGUCCCAUGGAAAAUGCCAAAUACAUGAGGAAAGUUUCACAGAGAACUUAGAUUUGAUUGCAGAUGACCAUUUGGGGAAGAUAAUUUAUAAAAAUACAGAAGGUAGCAAAACCCUAAGACAGAUCUCAGAACUUACUUUGGGAAAAAAAUCUAAUAAUGAAGAAAAACCAUAUAAAUGUAGUACAUGUCAAAAGGCCUUUCGUUAUAGGUCAUUAUUCAUUCAACAUCAGAGAACUCACACUAAAGAAAAACCAUAUGAAUGUAAUGAAUGUGGGAAAACAUUCAGCCAGCCUUCAUAUCUUAGUCAGCAUAAGAAAAUUCACACAGGAGAAAAACCCUAUAAAUGUAAUGAAUGUGGAAAAGCCUUCAUUGCUUCUUCAUCACUUAUGGUACAUCAGAGAAUUCAUACUAAGGAAAAACCUUAUCAGUGCAAUGUCUGUGGAAAAUCUUUUAGUCAAUGUGCCCGUCUUAAUCAACACCAGAGAAUUCAAACUGGAGAGAAACCCUAUAAAUGUAGUAAAUGUGGAAAAGCUUUUAGUGAUAAAUCAAAACUUUCAAGACAUCAGGAGACUCACAAUGGUGAGAAACCUUACAAAUGUAAUGAUUGUGGAAAAUCCUUUAGAAAUAAGUCAUAUCUUAGUGUACAUCAGAAGACCCAUACUGAAGAGAAACCAUACAAAUGCCACGAGUGUGGGAAAUCUUUCAAGAAUACCACAAUUUUUAAUGUUCAUCAGAGAAUUCAUACUGGAGAGAAACCCUUUAGAUGUAAUGAAUGUGGGAAAGCCUAUAGAAGUAAUUCAAGCCUUAUUGUACAUGUCAGAACUCAUACAGGAGAAAAACCCUAUGUAUGUAAUGAAUGUGGGAAAGCAUUCAACCGCAUAGCAAAUUUCACAGAACAUCAGAGAAUUCAUACAGGAGAGAAACCUUAUAAAUGUAAUGAAUGUGGAAAAGCAUUUAUUAAUUAUUCAUGCCUUACUGUACACCACAGAAUGCAUACAGGAGAGAAACCCUAUAAAUGUAAUGAAUGCGGAAAAGCCUUCAUGCGUUCUUCAUCUUUAAUCAUACAUCAGCGUAUUCAUACUGAAGAGAAACCUUAUCUAUGUAAUGAAUGUGGGGAAUCCUUCAGAAUAAAAUCCCACUUAACUGUGCAUCAGAGGAUCCAUACUGGGGAGAAACCAUAUAAGUGCACUGAUUGUGAGAGAGCAUUCACUAAAAUGGUAAAUCUCAAGGAGCAUCAGAAAAUUCAUACUGGAGUGAAACCCUAUACAUGUUAUGAUUGUGGGAAGUCCUUCAGGACUAAGUCAUACCUUAUUGUUCAUCAACGGACCCAUACUGGAGAAAAACCAUAUAAAUGUAAUGAAUGUGAGAAAGCUUUCACUAAUACAUCACAGCUCACUGUUCAUCAAAGAAGGCACACGGGAGAGAAACCUUACAAGUGUAACGAGUGUGGGAAGGUUUUUACAAGUAACUCAGGCUUCAAUACCCACCAGCGAACACAUACUGGAGAGAAACCAUUCAAAUGUAAUGACUGUGGGAAAGCAUUUAGCCAGAUGGUGCAUGUCACAGAACAUCAGAAAAUCCAUAGUGGAGAAAAGCCCUAUAAGUGUGAUGUCUGUGGAAAAGCCUUCAGGAGGGGUUCAUACCUCACCGUGCAUUGGAGAACACAUACUGGAGAAAAGCCCUAUACCUGUAAGGAAUGUGGGAAAGGUUGUAUUACUCUAUCACAGCUAACUCUACAUCAGAGAAUCCAUACUGGGGAGAGGCCAUAUAAAUGUGAAGAAUGUGGAAAAGCCUUCAGGACUAACUCAGACUUCACUGUACAUCUGAGGAUGCAUACUGGAGAAAAACCCUAUAAAUGUAAUGAAUGUGGGAAAGCCUUCAGGAGUAGCUCAAGCCUUACUGUACAUCAAAGAAUACAUCAGAGAGAUGCUCAGAAAAUACUUCCUGGAGAUAAGCCUUAUAAAUGUAAUGUGUGUGGGAAAAAAUUUAGGAAAUACCCAUCCCUCCUGAAACACCAAAGUAGCCAUGCCAAAGAGAAAUCUUAUGAAUGUGAAGAAUGUGGGAAAGAGUUUAGGCAUAUUUCAUCCCUCAUUGCACAUCAGAGAAUGCAUACUGGAGAAAAACCAUAUGAAUGCCACCAAUGUGGUAAAGCCUUCAGCCAGCGUGCACACCUAACUAUACAUCAGAGAAUUCAUACUGGAGAGAAACCCUAUAAGUGUAAUGAUUGUGGAAAAGACUUUAGUCAGCGUGCACACCUUACUAUACAUCAAAGGACCCAUACUGGAGAGAAACCAUAUAAAUGCUUGGAAUGUGGUAAAACCUUCAGCCAUAGUUCAUCACUGAUCAAUCAUCAGAGAGUUCAUACUGGAGAAAAACCUUAUAUAUGCAAUGAAUGCGGGAAAACUUUUAGUCAGAGUACACAUCUUCUUCAGCAUCAAAAAAUACAUACUGGAAAGAAACCAUAUAAAUGCAAUGAGUGUUGGAAAGUGUUUAGUCAGAGCACUUACCUUAUUCGACAUCAGAGAAUUCAUUCUGGAGAGAAGUGUUAUAAAUGUAAUGAGUGUGGAAAGGCCUUUGCUCAUUCUUCAACUCUUAUUCAACAUCAGACUACUCACACUGGAGAGAAAUCCUAUAUAUGUAAUAUAUGUGGGAAAGCUUUCAGCCAGAGUGCAAACCUUACUCAGCAUCAUAGAACACAUACUGGAGAGAAACCAUAUAAAUGCAAUGUGUGUGGGAAAGCAUUCAGCCAGAGUGUGCACCUGACACAACACCAGAGGAUUCAUAAUGGAGAAAAACCCUUUAAAUGCAAUAUAUGUGGGAAGGCAUAUAGACAGGGUGCAAAUCUUACUCAGCAUCAAAGGAUUCAUACUGGAGAGAAACCCUAUAAAUGUAAUGAAUGUGGGAAAGCUUUUAUUUAUUCCUCAUCACUUAAUCAACAUCAGAGAACUCAUACUGGUGAGAGGCCCUAUAAAUGUAAUGAAUGUGACAAAGAUUUUAGCCAGAGAACAUGCCUUAUUCAACACCAGAGAAUUCACACAGGAGAGAAACCCUAUGCAUGUCGAAUAUGUGGUAAAACCUUCACCCAGAGUACAAACCUUAUUCAGCAUCAGCGAGUUCAUACAGGUGUCAAGCAUCGUAAUUAAUGGAUAUUGGAGACUUCAUUUAGGUUUUUCAAUUUGAUCACUUAAAUUUUAUUUUGUAUGCUCUGUGUGUUAAAACAUUCAAAAGAAAUCCGAAGAUGUGCAAUAUAUAUUAGAUAUCACUCAGCAGAAGUAUCAGACUUCAUAAUAUGGAUGUACUCGUUAAAACUUAAUGUGAAAUGUAAAAAAGGAAACUUCAUUGACUUCUUAACCUUUAUUUGAUAUCAGUUUAACUCAUUCUAGAAAGAAACCCUAUGAAAAGAUACAGUGGACCCUUGACUUAUGAACUCAAUUCAUUCAUGAAAACUGCUUGUAACAUAUUUGUCAAUUGAAGGCUCAGGCUCCUCUACACAACCUUCAGAGUGUCUCUCCUGUAUAAUUUUAGGCCACACUUUCUUCCAGGCAGAUCUCAAUGUCCUUAGGCAUUGGCCCAGGGUUUCUCAACCCCACACAGGAAAGGAUGUAAUGUUUCUUCCAGAACUCCUUAAAAGUUAAAUCUGUAUCUGAGACCAUCUAGAAGCACAAGUGGCUGGCGUUUGGGUUGUAACUCAAGACUUUGGUUGUAAGUUAAAACUAAAUUCCAGUCAUAACCCAAGUUGUUUGUAUGUCAGGUCAGUCGUAACUCGAGGGUCCACUUAUUCAGAAAACUAACUCUUCAAUUUUCAAGGUAUUUCAAGUAUAGAGGCCUUAUGAAUGUAACUUGGGAAAGUGCCCAUCAAGUAGAGAUUUCACACUAGAGAGUAAUCCUGGGAUUAAAGAAAAAGCUAUUUUCAGGCCUUUAUUUCAUUCCAGCUUUGAAGCCUUAAAAUAUGUAAAGGUUUCCCUUUCACCCUUUUCUAUUAUGCCAUUACUGCCACAUGAAACCAGUAGGUACAAGAAAAAAAUUGAAAGUGUCUUAAAGAUUUCUGUGACCAGUUUAACUGUACUUUCCCUCAGAUGCUGAAAUAGUAAAGGAAGAGAAGCUUAAAAAGAUGAUGUUAAGACAGAAACUAGUGUAUAUAACCCUUAGGUAUGUGUACAGACUUCAGGCAAAAUUUAAACAUCUCAAGUUUAAUCUUUAAGACAGGUAAGCCUUAGUUUCACUAGGUUUUGACAUCCAAAGUCAUUCUGAAGGAAAAAAUAAGCAUAUAGUUCCCAUUUUUUUCUACCUGACUCCUAAAUUCAUAACUUAAAGUUCCCUUGUGGCUAUUUUAUUGUAGGAAAUCCAUUUAUUCCACUGAAACAUAUUUCUUGAGUGCCUACCGUGCUCUCAGAUCCCAGAUUUCCUGAUUGAAACCUUUUGGGGCUUGUUACAGUGCUGAAAACCACAGCUGAUUUAAGCAACAAAGUUUUUUAUAGUAAUGUGAAAGGACAUGAUCUUAAGUAUUUUGCUAUGGAAUGAGCAUAAGAAACUUGCUAAAAUGGGUGCAAGAUAUGACCCCAUAACCCAAGUAAAAGAAACAAUGAAGGUAGCUAUCUAAAUAAUGUGAGAAUAAGAAAUGGAAAAUAGAUAAGUUUUCUACAGAGUGGGUCAAGGAAAAAUCAAGGUGAAAAACUGAGGAAAGAUAAAACAAAUGUAACUGGACUUGGUAUACUGAAGAAAGUAAGAGUGGUGAAAUAAAAAUGAAAUUUAGCCUAUUUAUAAGAAAAGGUGAAAUGGCUGAUUUUAAAGGAAUAAUUAGAAACCAUACAUGGAAGUAAAAUAGAGGUUACUCUUACUGUGUCAGAAAAAAAAUUUUUCCAUUAGAAAAAGCAUUGUACAGAAAUUAUUGAUACCGUAAUCAUUAAAGAACCAAGUUUUUAGGUCUUAACAUAAAUGGAAAACUGGCAACAAUAGGGUUUUUUUUAAAUACUAUUGUAUUUAAUAUCCAUAGUUUUCCACUCUCAAUAUAAGACUGAGAUUCCAUUUUGCUAAUAUUUGUUUCUCCAGUUCCUUCCAUAUAGAACAUGAUCAAUACAUGUUGGUUGAAUUAAUGAAUUAUACAAAUUAGAGUUGAGUAAAUGUAGAACCGACUGGCAUGGAGUAAAAAUUGGUAAAAACAAAAAUAACUUUUGUGCAUAUUUCAAACAAAUGUUUAACAACUGUUGAUUAUUUACCAGGUAAUAAGAACUACUUAAAAAUGGAACAUCGGAAAUCAUGGGACAUCUUUGCACAAGGAAAUUUUUCUGAGAUAAAUAGGACUGACAAAUUUUGCAUAAAUAUCUAUUGGAGCAUGUAUUGACCAUACAGCUUAACUUAGACAUUACUGUUUAUAUAAACAUCCUGCAAACAGGUGCUGAUAGGCUAGGGUGCCAGCAUCUUCAAAGCUAUAUUGUUGAGUGUUUUCUUGAAGAAAGUGUUGCUUUCCCUUUUCCUGACAUUAGUUAAUGUUGAUUUCAUUGUAUCAUCCUUCACAAAGUACAGGUUGCAAAAUAUUUAAAUUAUAUUUCCUAUAGUUGUCAUGUUAAAAAAUAACAGUUGUAUUUAAGAUGAUUUUUCUGGUGUUGCUUCAUCACACAAUACUCUCCUUUGGAAUGAAUGUUUGGAGUGUUACAGUUUGUAGCAUCUUUCUUUGCAUUACUCAAUGUUUCCUGCCUUUGUGUGUUUUAUGUAAAUAGUGCAUUUAUAAAGUCUUCCACUGAUACACAGAGGUAACUUAUGCCCUUAUACAAUAAUAGAAUAAUAGUGCAAAAUA